UCCCACCUCAGCUGCCUGUCAUCAAGGGCUACACAGGAGUAGUGGUAAAAAACAAAGAACUGAAACUGACCUGCAUUUCUCCAAGUGGGAAUCCUCUUGCUACACUGCAGUGGCUGAAGGCAGAGUAUGGAGGAAUGGUCACCGUAUCCAAUCUGACAUAUAUAGCAUAUCGAGAGGACAAUGAUCUUCCCCUGAUCUGUGAGGCCUUCAAUGAAGCCAUCAUGUACACCAAGAGUGCUUCAGUUACUCUUAGAGUAAAAUAUCCGCCUCAGAAAAUUUGGCUUAAUGUGCCACCACCAGAGACAUAUUUUCGAGCCGGUGUUGAAAUCAAACUCAUUUGUUUUGCCAGCGGUGGGAACCCUUUGCCUCGUCUUGAUUGGUACAAGGUGACGUGCACGCUUGCUGGAGGAGUUCGAGUACAGCUACGGCAGCCUCAGGAGAGUGGAGUUUCGAAACCUUGUCUGGGGAAGCAAGACAUCAAGUUAGUAAGGGAAGGAGCAUCUUCAGCCUCAUCUGGGAAUAUCAUUUCCAAGGAGUUGGUCUUGAUCACGUCUCCCAGUGACAAUAUGGCAACCUACCGUUGCAAUGCCACUGGUCCUCCCAGCACUCCCCCAAUCACUGCAUCUACUAGUUUGCUGGUCCAGUUUCCACCUCUGCAUGCCACCAUUACGGCGACAGACGAAAAGGUGAGACGUGGCCAAUCGGUGACCCUGACCUGCAAAUCAGGCAGCAGCAACCCUCCUGCUCGUCUCACUUGGCUCCAAGAUGGGAAAAGGCUGGUCGGCACCAAUUUAGGGCAGAGGAAAGCAGAAUACGGAGGAUUCUCCGCUUCCGAAAGGGUGACUCUGGUGGUGUCAUCUGCAGAUCACGGGAAGAGGGUGGAAUGCUAUGCCUACAGCUCUGUUCUCUCCGAAGGUGUGAACACCUUCUAUCAGCUUACGGUGCUAUUUCCUCCAGAGUUCUCACCUGAGCAGACCCACCUAGUGCAAGCUGUGGAGCAUGGGUCUGCCCAGUUGCCCCUUUUGGUUUCUGCCAGUCCUCCUGAGAUUACUUAUCGCUGGAGUUUCCUUGGAGAGAUGAUCUUAACAGAGGGUUCCCCACGCUACCACUUGCGGGAUGGUGGAUCUCUGGAGAUCUGGAAUGUGACUCGAGCCGAUGCUGGCAAAUACAGGAUCCACUGCGAGAACGAAGAAGGACAAAAUGAAACUACUAUCACUCUUAACGUGCAUUAUUCACCCUCCAUCCGCAGCAUUGCAGAUCCAACCUACGUGGACCUGGGAGACGCCGCCGAAAUUGUGUGCCAGGCUGAUGCCAACCCUCUACCAAAUUUCCAGUGGAGGUGGCUGGGCGAUUUGGAGCGCAGCCUGGAAGAUUUGGGUUUUAAACUAUUGUCUGAAGGGUUGUUGGCCACCCUGCAGAUCCAGGCAGCCCAACGAACACAUGCUGGAGUUUAUGAGUGUCAAGUAGAUAAUGGCAUCUCCCCAGCAGCCAAAAGCAGUGCUCGUCUGAUUGUGCGAUAUCCGCCAGAAAUCAUCAAGGGCCCCGGGCAGAGGAAAGUGGCAGCUUCCGGUGAUGGAAGAAGCCAAGCUGCACUUCAGUGCAGUGCUCAGGGGGUGCCCAGUGUGCUCUUCAGCUGGGCCAAGAAUGGGGUCUCCCUCGAUCUCCAAAGUCCCAGAUAUCAUUGGCCUGGGGCUCCCAGCUUCCUCUACAUUGACGUCUUUCCACCGCAAUCUCCAACUUUUACACUGACUGGCCUGCAGCCAAACACCCCCUAUAAUGUCUCUGUCAAUGCACGCAAUGCUCUUGGGGAGAGUGAUUUCGCAGAUGGGGGUGCGGGGCUGAGCAUCACCACAGAAGAGAGAAUAGAAAUACCAGUUGACAAGGAGCCGGAGAUUCCCUUCCCAUCCGAACCAGAAAGUUCCAUCUUGCCACUUCCCGUUGUUGUGCUCCUCGGUGGUCUAGGAGGAUUUCUGCUCGUUUCCAACUUGUUUUUGCUUGGCUGCCUCGUCUUCAGAAAGAGAACUCAGACUCCCAAAGGAGACGGGAUUGAAGGAUCAACCAGGGGGAAAGUGAGGUUUGGGAACAGCUACACGGUGAGCAAAUGGCUGAAGGUUGGUGGACAACCAGCACAGCUGGAGGGGUCCAGUUCAGAGGGCAGUUCUACUAAGACAUCAGCUGCUGUCUCUACAGCCACCACUGAUUCUAGUGUUACAGAUCCCAACAUCUCACUUCCUUGGAUGGGCCCUCAAGAGCAUCAUGAAUACGAGGAAGUAGGAGGUCCUAGGAGAUUGGAGGACAUGGGACCCCUGUAUGAUGAAUGGAACCCCAACGAUGAACCAUGGAUUAAUGAAUAUUCACAUGUCUACCAAGGAUUUGGAAGACGGCCAGCUGCCUCCACAAAGACAGCACCAAUCUAUGACUCGGUAGCAAACUAUCUCCCCCUGGAUACAGAGCUGCCUUUUGAACAACAAGGGGAGCUGGUCUAAGUAACCUGCUCGAUGCUUCUCUGACCCACCAUCCAAGAUUGCGUUGUCUCCUGGUAACUCUUAAUUCCUUCUUUUUAUGCUACAUUCCUUAUCCAUGUAGAGAUGCUAAGUCCAGUGGUGUGGUCUUUGGAUGGGUUCACACAAUAUUAAUAACACUUAAGACUUACAUACCGCUUCACAGUGCUUUUACAUCCCGCUCUAAGUGGUUUACAGAGUCAGC